CUCCUACAACUCUUACUGCCGUAACCCUACGCCUCACCAGCCAUGGCCCCCACGGACAAGAAGCAAACUAAGAAGAGCACCCUCAACGAGGUCGUGACUCGUGAAUACACCAUUCACUUGCACAAGCAUGUCUUUGGCAGGACCUUCAAGAAGCGCGCCCCGACCGCCGUCAAAGCGAUCCGCGAGUUCGCCCUGAAGACCAUGGGCACCUCCGACGUGCGCCUCGACCCGUCGCUCAACAAGGCCGUGUGGGCCCGCGGCAUCAAGUCCGUUCCCCACCGCAUCCGCGUCCGUCUUUCCCGCCGCCGCAAUGACGCCGAGGACGCAAAGGAGAAGCUGUACACGUUCGUUACCUUUGUGCCGACUACGAACUUCAAGGGUCUUCAGACCCAAACCGUCGACGAAUAAACGACUGUAGGCGGACCGUAAACAGCAUCAACAUCCUCCUCCGAACCCCUUUUGAUCCACUAAACCCUCCAUAUCCGAUAAAUACACUUACGUCACAAUACGGCCCGGUCAUAUUACGGCUUGGGAAUCUUUAGCAAAAUGAAUUGCUACGCUUCACUGCAUCGCCAUGUGCAGACCGAUAAUUUGUUGAAGAAAUGGGAUGGAAUGGAAUGCCGGAGAGAGUGAAACAGGAAUCGAGGGAGCUGUUUGCCAUGCCCGAAUGCUGCGUGGGUGGGACCUAUGAGGCUUUUUGUCCCCCCGACAGAGUCCGAUUUCGGUCCUCUUCCAACCACAUCCGCAUCCACACCACCCUCCCAUCCAAAAACCACAGUCAAUUCGAAAACCAUACUUAUAAACCCUUCUCCCCCCAAUCGUCAAACCCAGAACAGAAAACAACA